AUGACUCCCCUCGCCCGGCCGCUGCUCGUGGCCGCUCUGCUGUGCACGGCACAAGCUGAGAGCACCGCGAAGCCCAUCUCGCUGCAGCCCACCCAGUACUGGGACGGCAACGAUGGGCCUUGGUCCACCUUCGCUUUCACCAUUGGCACUCCCGCCCAAACUCUGCACCUGCUGCCAGCUACCGGCCAGUCCGCACUAUGGCCCAUUCUCCCCGAAGGCUGCCUCAACGACGACCGCCCCACGGACACCUGCCAGGAUGCUCGCGGCUCCGUCUUUCUCAUCAACGAAUCCUCCACCUGGGUCGAGGAAGGAAUAUACAGCUUGUCGACGCUCUGGGUUGAGCAGUCCCUGGGCGUCGGUCAAGAUGCCCGCGGUCACUAUGGCUUCGACACCGUAGGCCUGAGCUGGCCGUCGUUUGGACUGCCUUCGCUGGACAACCAGGUGGUGGGAGGCAUUGCCGACAAGACCAUCUACGAAGGCACCUUUCCUCUGAGUCCGCGCCCCGUCAACUUCACCGACUUGAACAACCCGCAUGCCACCGUCUUGCAGACGCUGGUCAACCAGUCCAUGAUCCCGAGCACAUCCUGGUCCUACACCGCUGGCUCUUACAACAGAGUCCCCAAGGUCUACGGCAGUCUGACCCUGGGUGGAAAAGACACCGCCCGCUACGAGCCCAACGACAUCACCAUCCCCUUCGGCUCAGACAUCUCCCGAGACCUGCUCUGUGCCGUCCAAUCCGUCACGACCAACAUCAGCUCGACGCCACUUCUUUCCACCCCCAACUAUUGGUUCAUCGACUCACUGGUCGCCUCGAUGUGGUUUCCCGAGGAUGAUUGUACUGCUUUUGAAGAUGCAUUUGGCAUCACGUGGGACGAAGAUUAUUCCAUCUAUCUCAUCAACGACACCCAGCACGAGAAACUCGUGGAUGAGAAGGCUGCCAUAACAAUCACCAUUGGCGCCAACACGACGGCGACCGACACCGUCGAUAUUGUCCUGCCGUAUGAGAGUAUGGCUCUGAACGCCUCGUGGCCCGUCUAUCCAAACGCCACUCGCUACUUCCCAUUGAAGCGCGCUGUCAACGACACGCAGUACACUCUCGGCCGCGCAUUCUUGCAGAAUGCCUACGUCAUCGCAAACUAUGAUCACUCGACCUUUUCCGUCCACCAGGCAUUGUUUCCCGAAUCUUCCAGCACGCAGAACAUCGUCCCGAUCGAGGAUGUUACUCCUGAUUCGGGAACCUCACUCGGCGCUGGCACCAUCGCCGGCAUCGCCGUGGGAUGCGCUGCCGUCGUCGCCAUUCUGGCCUUGAUCUUCUGGCUCGCCUACCGUCGCAAGAAGCAAAGGCAGGAAAAGGCCGCCGAGGAUGCUGCCGCGGACGCUGCUGCCGCCGCCGCCGCCGCCGCCGCCGCCGAUGAAGAAGCAAGACUCACGGAGGAGGAGAAAGCGCAAAACGAGAUGGAUGCCGGUGCAGACGGCCAUGUGCAUGGCGGCACGGGCGUCGGGAACAAGACGGAGCUGGAGGGCGAGGGUACCAGGCACGAGAUGCAGGGGUCGGGAACAGCCGAGGCCGAGCUGUACGGCGUCGAGGCCCGCAAAUUCGCAGAGAUGGAGGCGCAGGUCACUCCGGUCUUUGAGAUGCCGGCCAACGAAGAUGUCACCCUGCCAGAACUGGAGACGCCCGAUGAAGGCGCCUUGUCACGGUCGAGGGCGCAGACGCCGCAUGCGGAGCUGGAAGCACCACACGAGUCGAGAUUAGCGGUAAUGCGGGAGAGAGAGAGGCAGCAGCAGCAGCAGAACCUUGAGGAAAGCUGA